UGCCCCUAGCUGCCACCUGGAAAAUCAAAGACUACCUUUGCAACAGCUUAUCGGAAGCAAACAAGCACAGGGAGGAUUGAGCAAGAGUUUCUGGGACAUCAACCUCCCGGAAGGAGCAAGACACGUAAGAGUGUGCUUGGUCCUCUACACAGGCCAAAGGUAAUGAUUAAGUAAACCUCCUGCAGAUUUAAAUGGGAUGGGGACCAGCAGUGAAGGCAAAUCUCCUUCCUUACAGCUGGAGUGCUCCUCAUGAGCCAGUCCCACUCUCAGAAAAGAUGUUUUCUGUGAGGAUCAUCUGCCUGGUCCUGAGUGUGGUGGGCACAGUAUGGACUGCAGAAACACAAGGUGAUUUUCUAGAAGAAGGAGGAGGCGUGCGGGGCCCAAGGAUUGUGGAAAGACAUCAGUCUGCCUGCAAAGAUUCAGACUGGCCCUUCUGCUCUGAUGACGACUGGUACUCCAAAUGUCCAUCCGGCUGUAGGAUGAAAGGGUUAAUUGAUGAAGUCAAUCAAGACUUUACAAACAGAAUUAAUAAGCUCAAAAAUGCACUAUUUGAUUAUCAGAAGAACAAUAAGGAUUCUAGUUCACUGACCACGAAUAUAAUGGAAAUUCUGAGAGGGGACUUUGCCAAUGCUGAUAACAAUGAUAAUACAUAUAGCCAAGUGUUAGAAGAUCUAAGAAGCAGAAUUGAGGUUCUGAAGCGCAAAGUCAUAGAACAAGUACAGCGUAUCCAGCUCCUGCAGACAAAUGUCAGGGUCCAGCUGGUGGACAUGAAACGACUGGAGGUGGACAUUGAUAUUAAGAUCCGAUCUUGCAAAGGGUCAUGUAGUAGGUCUUUAUCUCGUGAGGUAAAUCUAAAGGACUAUGAAGAUUACCAGAGGCAACUUGAACAAGUCAUUGCCAAAGACUUACUUCCCUCUAAAGACAGGCAGUACUUACCACUGAUAAAGAUGACCCCGGUUUCAGUUUUGACUACUGUCGAUUUCAAGAGCCAGCUUCAGAAGGCCCCUCCAGAGUGGAGGGCACUAGUGGAAAAGAAGCAGACAAGAAUGGAGUUAGUGAGGCCUGGUGGACAUGGGCAUGCCCCAGGAGUCCCUUCAACUUAUGGACCAGGAUCCGAACAUGAACACUCCCAGACCCCUAGACCUGGCAGCACUGGGCAUCAGAUUCCUAGUAGCUCUGGACCUGGUAGCUCUGGACAUUGGAAGCCUGGGAGCUCUGAGCCUGGUAGCUCUGGACAUUGGAAGCCUGGGAGCUCUGAGCCUGGUAGCUCUGGACAUUGGAAGCCUGGGAGCUCUCAGCCUGGUAGCACUGGACAUUGGAAUCCUGAUAGCUCUGAACCUGGCAGCACUGGACACUGGAAUUUUGGUAGCUCUGGACCUGGCAGCACUGGACAUUGGAAACCUGGGAGCUCUGAACCUGGCAGCACUGGACAUUGGAAACCUGGGAGCUCUGAACCUGGUAGCAGUGGACAUUGGAGUUCUGGGAGUUCUGAACCUGGAAGUUCUGCCACUUGGAAACCUGGGAUCUCUGGACCUGGAGGUUUUAGGCCAGAUGUUUCAGGGCAUGGGAACACCAGGCCUACCAACCCAGACUGGGGCAAAUUUGAAGAGCUACCAGGAAGUGUAAGUCCAGGGACAACAGAAGAGUUCUACACAGGUAAACUAGUCACUUCUAAAGGAGGUAAAGAGCUCCAGACUGGUGAGAAGGUCACCUCUGGUAGCACAACCACCACUAGUCGUUCAUGCUCGAAAACUGUUACUAAGACUGUUAUAGGUGCUGAUGGUCGCAAAGAAGUGACUGAAGAAGUGGUGACCUCCAAAGAUGGUUCUGACUGUGGUGACCCAAAAGACUUAGACCUGUUCCAUUCUUUGGCUGGCAGAGGUAGCCUGGAUGAAUUUAGACACCCCGAGGAAGGUGCUUUCUUCAGCACUAGCUCAACAAGAGAAACAGUCUCAAGUUUACUUCCAUCUAUACACAAAGAGUUUGGAAGUAAGAUCCUGCCUGGGAGCUCAGAAUCUGACAUUUUCACAAAAUUUGGAGUACCUGAGUUCUCUUCCAGUAGUAAAACGUCAACUCACAGCAAACAAUCUCUAACUAGUAGCACAACUUUCAGCAAAGGAGGCUCCACAUUUGAAAGCAAAGCCUAUAAAACGGUAGAUGAAGCCGGAAGUGAAGAUCUCAGAGGAACGCAUAGCACCACGAGAAGCCAAACUAAAACUCGUCUUGCCAGAGACUGUGAUGAUGUCCUCCAAACACAUCCUUCAGGUGCCCAAAGUGGUAUUUUCAAUAUCAAGCUACCGGGAUCCAGUAAGAUUUUUUCUGUUUAUUGCGAUCAAGAGACCGGUUUGGGAGGAUGGCUUUUGAUCCAGCAAAGAAUGGAUGGAUCACUGAAUUUUAACCGGACCUGGCAAGACUACAAGAGAGGUUUCGGCAGUCUGAAUGACAAGGGGGAAGGAGAAUUCUGGCUAGGCAAUGAAUACCUCCACAUACUAACCCUAAGGCGCUCUGUCCUUCGAGUUGAAUUAGAGGACUGGGCAGGCAAUGGGGCUUAUGCAGAAUAUCACUUUCAGGUAGGUCCCGAGGCUGAAGGCUACGCCCUUCACGUCUCCUCCUAUGAGGGCAGUGCGGGGAAUGCUCUGGUUGAGGGUUCUGCAGAGGAAGGGCCAGAGUACACCUCUCACGCAGGCAUGCAGUUCAGCACCUUUGACAGGGACGCAGACCAGUGGGAAGAGAACUGUGCAGAAGUCUAUGGAGGAGGCUGGUGGUACAACAACUGCCAAGCGGCCAAUCUCAAUGGCAUCUACUACUCUGGGGGGUCCUACGACCCGAGGAACAACAGUCCUUAUGAGAUUGAGAAUGGAGUGGUUUGGGUUCCCUUCAAAGGAGCAGAUUAUUCCCUCAGGGCUGUCCGCAUGAAAAUCAGGCCGCUGGUGGCCCAGUAGACGGAAGAGAGUGAGAGAGUGAGAGUGCUGUGUUUGUGUAGUGAAGUGGGAGGAAAAAAGUAAGAAAGACAAAGCAGUCAAGAUUCUUUACGAUCCACUGAAAAAUUCCCAGGUGCUAUUCCAUUUUUCUUUGUACUGUAGCUAAAUGUAACUGAGACAUAUUAGUGCUUUAAAAAAUAAAGUUAUAUGAGUUUUUAUCUUUAAAAUAGCUCUGUGGGUUUGCAAAUUAUUAUAAAGUUAUGCCAAGGGACAUUCAGUACAUCAGAAAGAAAGCAUUGGAUGGAUGCCCCUUUGUGGUGCUCUGAGGACAUUUGGAAACCUUCCUCCUCUUCUCCCACCACCCAAAGUCACAAGGCCAUUGUAAAGGGAAACAGUUGUUUCAUUCAUUCAACUUGAAUGGCUUUAAAACAAUAUUUUAAAUUAAAACUCACUGACUUGAACAAUGGCUCGCCGUUGAAGAGCAAUUUACAAUUUACAAAGUGUGUUCAACUCUUCUGAGGUUAGCAAGCAAACC